UACCUACACACACACACACACACACACACACACGCACGUAAGCGCGCGGCUUUGUGCAGGACAACAUGAUAGUGUAGACACGAUCUGCUGACUUUUCCAGAAGACGGAUACUAUUAUUUGUCUUUUUAAAGACAUUUUUAUUAAAUAUUUCUAUAAAAUACAGCUGAACAACUGACUUGAAAACAAAUGAAAUAUCUGUUUAUUUUCUGGAAUGUAAAAUGAUGCUCAGGGCGGAAUACUACCAAAGCAUGACCAUGAGCGUUGUGUCGCUGCUGCUGUUGCUGGCAACAUUACUAGUGUAUCAUCAUCAUCAUCAUCAUCAUCAUCAUCAUCAUCAUUGUUAUGAAGCAGUCAUUUCCUGCUCCACCAUUUUCAUCUCAUCAUCAAAGCUGGAUUUCAGACACACAUCUUCUUUUCACCAUUUGUAAGCACCUGACACAUUCCACAUCAAAAGGUAGAAAAUCAGCUGUGCUCUGUACCACCUGACUCUUCCACUUUUGCUUCCUUUCACUCACAGAUAUGGGCAGCACAUCUGAGCUGGCCUUUAUUAAAGAGCCCUAUGAUGUCAUUGCUGUAAGGGACCGCCCCUUGAUGCUGGACUGUGAGGUGGAGGGAGAAGGCCCUAUUACCAUUACCUGGCGGAGAAAUGGGGUACCGAUUCAGGUGGGUCCGAGAGUGGCCGUGUUAAGCAAUGGCAUGCUCCUGAUCCGAAACUUCCAGAAACGACGUGAGAGCAACGAGACAGAUGCGGGAGAGUAUGACUGUGCUGCACAGAACCGCUAUGGAAUGCUGAUCAGCCGUAAGGCACGAGUGCAGUUUGCAUCUCUUCCCAAGUUUCACACCCACCCAGAGUCCAUGGUGGUAGAUGAAGGAGGGGUGGCACGCUUCCACUGCGCCAUUAAUGGGAUCCCUGAGGCUAGCAUCAUGUGGGAGAAGAACAGAACCACACUCAGCACAGAUGAUGACAGGUAUACUCUCCUGCCCUACGGCAUUAUGCAGAUCACCGGUGUGCGUCAUGCAGACAGUGGAGUGUAUCGCUGUGUAGCCAAAAACAUUGCUAACACACGUUAUAGUCAUGAGGCCCUGCUCACUGUCACUGUGGCAACUCCUCGUACCUAUAAGGAACCAGUGAUUCUCUCAGGUCCUCAAAAUCUCACCAUCAACAUCCACCAGACUGCCAUCCUAGAGUGCAUUGCCACAGGCAACCCACGACCAAUUGUUUCCUGGAGCAGGCUGGAUGGACGUUCUAUUGGAGUGGAGGGGAUCCAGGUGCUGGGCACGGGUAAUCUUAUGAUCUCUGACGUUUCCCUGCAGCAUUCUGGAGUUUAUGUGUGCUCAGCCAACAGACCUGGAAGCAGGAUGAGACGUACUGCACUGGGUCGACUGGUGGUGCAAGCUCCACCAGAGUUCCUGCAGUGGCCACAAUCUGUUUCUAAACCAGUAGGAGGCAGUGCAGUGUUUACCUGCCAGGCUCAAGGAGUCCCAGAGCCUCACCUCAUCUGGUUGAAAAAUGGCAAGAUCCUUACUCCUGGAGACAACGUCAAACUUACCAAUAACAACAGCACUCUGGCUGUGACCCGGAUCACUGCUGAGGAUGAAGCCAUCUAUCAGUGCAUAGCAGAGAACAGCGCUGGCACCAACCAGGCAAGUGCACGCUUAGCUGUGUCCCAGUCUCCUGAGAACCCGCUUCCUGAGGCUCCACAGGACCUGACAGCCACACCGCUUACACACACAUCGCUGCAGCUCAGCUGGAACCAGCCUGAAAGCCAUGUGACCGACAACAUCAUCGGCUAUGUGCUGCACAUCCGCAUGCUUGGAGAGCCAGACAGUAAAGAGCUCCAGGAGGCUGUGAGUAAGGACACAUUCCAGCAUGAGUUUAAUAAUCUGGAACCAGCAACCACUUAUUCCAUUUACCUCAAAGCUUACUCUCCUCUGGGGGCCAGCCAGAAAUCCAACACUGUCAUUGCCACAACACUAGGGGGCGUUCCCUCAAUGCCCAGUUUCUUCACGAAAGUUCUGAACAGCACAGCAGUGCAGAUUUAUUGGGAACUGCCCAGUAAACCAGGGAAGCUGGAGGGCUUUAAACUGUCGCUCCGUGUUGUGCCUCAGGAGCAGUUUGGUCCAGAGGAGCUGUUUCCCAGCCACAUCAACACACACACCAUCUCACACCUCGAGCCAGCAGCUGUGUAUGAGAUCCAGCUAGUGGCGUUUAAUGGAAACGGUGACAGCAUCGGCAACAAGCGUCUCGUCUCGCUGGCUGAGACUGGAACUGGAGAAAAGAACAGUGCUGGAGGGCAAAGCUUAUGUAACUGCAGGCAAGAUGGAGAGAGCUCAAUAACUGGCAUUGUGGUUGGCAUCCACAUUGGAAUGGCCUGCAUCAUCUUCUGCGUGCUCUUCCUCAUGUUCGCAUACCGGCGCAGCUCAUUUUGUAGAAAGGGCACUGAGGAUGCUUGGAGAGUACCACAGAGCGGAGCAGUACCACUGGGAGACACAGUGCCUAAAGAAGGAGUGAUACGCACCACUGAGGCUAUUGAGCUAAUGCCACAGCCUCAGAACGGCCUAGCAGAGAGUCAGGCUGCAGGGGCACACUGCCAGGUUCUCAUUGAGCAGCAGCCCAACUGCCAACAAGACACCACCAUGAGCACAGGCACGGGCACAGGCUGAUAACCCCAUACACACUCUCUUCUACCCCUCAUCCCCCAAAGUGCAGUGCUUGGCCACUCCAUGCCACUCUAUUCACCAAAGCCUUAUUCCAACCUGCUCUUCCUUGAGCAGUUUGUAACACUCUCACACACACACACACACACACACACAAACUCACAGAGUCUGGCUUAUGCCUGUAAGGGAGUAAAUAUUAAGAUUUAAUAAAUAAUUAUUGUAUAGAUACAUUUAACGAUAUCCUUUAACCUAAACUACAAUACACACUACUUUUCACUCAUAACUCUUGUCUUAACCCAAAGCCCCUGUGCACCACAUUCGCAUUUUAUUAAUAAUUCUGAUUGUUACAAGAAAUCACAUUUUCUUCACAGAAGCAAAAAAAUUCUGAGGCCUUAGCAUGACUGAAAUGUUUAAAGUAUGUAGCAUAAUUCUUCUCCUACUGUCAUAGUCAUUUAAUUUCAUCUGUGAGCGAGACGCCACACCGUAGCCUUGUAUAUGUGAUAGUGUCACCGCGUUAGCCUGCCAGAAGAGUUGAAUGGAGUGGCUAACCCUGCACCCUCUCUCCUCCUCUCCCUUUCUCCCCUCGGACCAAAUUACCUCCAAAGAUAGCUACCUCAGCCUGACGAGAACGUCGGAGCUAUCAAGGUAAACCAUCUGCCUGCCUUGCUGCUCGUUAAGCAAACCUACCUCGACCAAAAGCCCUGUGCACAUCGGAGCCUUUUUUUUAAGCCGUUCUGGCGCUAGGUGCCAGUGUCCUGUGCCAUUCAGACAUCGCUGAUACUUUUGCCUUCAACCAGCUUCUGCCACUGUGUCCUAUGUGUCUCACACCCCACUACUGCCAUACUCAAACCUUUCCACAGCACUCAAGCUUCCACUCUAAGCCUUAGAAUGACUCACUAACCUCUGGGGCUUUUAUUCGGAUGUGUUGUUAACAGAGAUGCUGCCCCCUAAGGUAGAAAAAUUCUCUUGCUCUCCAGACAGAGUGCUUUGCUAACGAUGUGUGUGACCUCGAAGUCGAUGUUGCGAGACUCUCUGUGGAGAAGUGUCCAGUGCAGAGGAGCACAUUCUUCUUUUGGAAUACAACAUUCGGAUCAAAACAUGGCUAAAAAUAACACUAGUAGGAAAGAAUGGACUUAGAGAACACUAUUUCCUCAGCCUGCUCUGGUUGAAGGAGGUGUUCUAGCACUUUCCUAUCAGCACCGCACACAGAAGGAAGGCUAUCAGUGAACCAGCGGUUGUCCUGGAGAUCUGUUCUUGUUUUUAAGUGAUUACUAACCAUUUUCCAGGUUUCUUUGGUGACCCUUUUUUCAUGAAAGUAUUUGCUGUCACAAAGCUAGGCACAAAGUUAGUUUCUGUCUUUUCUGCUUUUAACCUCUCCAAAAAUCCAGUGAAAACCGUUGAGUGAAAUCCAAAGAUGCUGUAUUAUAAUGGUUUUCAUUGCUUUCUAUUUGUCUUUUCCUUCCGUGGACAUUUUAGAUGUCACGCUUGUUCCUGUUUUAAGGGCAGUCAUGCUACUAAAAACAUUAGCUUCCCAUUAACCAAAGCAAAAAAAAAAACAAACAAAACCCUCAAAACCCAAUAGAGUUCCUCACAUUUUAGUUCAAGUCUUUCUAUGGUUACCUUUAAAACAUGGAAUUCUUUAUAGAACUAGAAUAUAUAACUUUUAAAAUAAUAACUAGUGAAUAAUGCAUAUAUUUUCAUACACUGAUACCAGAAAGUAAUAACUGCUUUUCUCUUUUUACUGAUGGAGUUGAUAUUGCCAAAUAACUCGUAUGAUCUAUAGUGAAAUGUGACCAAAUACCUCGUAUGUACUUUACCAUUCAUAUUAAUGCUUCUCUUUGACAAAGGCACAUAACAUGUUCAUAUGUGCUUUUUACGCUGAUUGGUAUAGUCAUGCUUUUUCACAUGUUAGCGUGUUUGUGUGUGUGUGUGUGUGUGUGUGUGUGUGAGUGCUGAAUUGCUGACAGUUUACAGCCUUGAAAGCAGUGGGAUAAAUUGUAAAACAUGAGAAAACAAGAAGUUUUAAAGAUUUGAAAGAUGUAUUUAUUAGUAAUAACUGAACUCAGUCUAUAUACACAGCACACCAGGUCUAAUUACACUGCACAAGGAAAAACACCGCUGUUUUAAAGGUUGUGAAUUAACUGUCAGAGUUUCACAUGUGAAAGCUGUCUUUAAUACAGAAGGAUCUGACAGUUUUAUAUAUUGAGAGUGCUUUGCUCAUGAGAGCAACAAGUAUAAUGCCAAAAUAUAAAAAUGUAAAAAAGACAAAACCCAAUGUCCAGAAAAAAAAAGAAGUUUCAAAAGAAGUGAAACAAAAAAAAUAUUUUUUACCUGUUCUCUUGAGAACUUUUGAAAAAACUUUUGUUUGUGUGUUUCUUCUCAUUUGUUUCCUUCUGUUAUAAAUGGAAAACAUUGCCAAAAAACAUUUUGAUAAGUUCCUUCAAACUGGUUAUUGUGAGUAUGAUUAAUAAUAAUGAUGUAAUUUGAUUUCUUCUGGUAUUCAGAUUUGAUUUUCAGUUAUUAUUUUCUUCCUCAGUAGAAUGAAAAAAGAAUGCUAGAAAAUAAUUGAGAAUUUGAAACAGAAUUGCAUGUUGACGGCAAGCAAGGCAUGACUUAAAGGUUUUCUUUAUUGCUUCAUCGUAGUUAUUUAUUCACAAUGUUCAUAUGUUUCUUCAGUAUGUGUUUAUUAGUUGAUACUUUUGCCAUAUUUUAAUAAGCCAUAUACAAAAAUUAAUUUAAUGCAUAAUUUAAGUUUUGUCUUAUUAAUGUAUUUCAUUCAUUGAUUUCAGGAUUGCAAUGGAUUUGUCAGAUUUAUCUUAAUUUGUGUAUUCAUUUGGCUUGUCAGUACUGCAACAUUUGCUGCUACAUGUCGCAUGUCCCAGUGUUAAUAGGUUCACUAGGGACAUAACAAGAAUAAGUUCAUCUGCUCUUGCCUGCCCAACAUGUGUGUUAUUUAGAGUAAGUGAUAAAAUGAAUAGAGAAGUAGUGAAUGCCUGAUGCUUGUACCAAUGAGAAAGCAAUGCUUUAAUGUUUGUAUUUUCUGUUUUGUUUUAUACCAUACUUGUGUGAUUCAGAACCAAACUCGCCAUAGCUUUAAAUUGCUUUUUUAAUUGGUGCAGCUUCAUACUGUGGAGUCUUUUACCCUGAGACACAUUGCAGUACACAAAACGGAAGCCUAUACUGCAGAUAUGGAUAAAUACCUGAACUGCUCCUGAAAAGCAGUUUGUGAAUGAAACCAUCUAGUGAAUCUAGCCAGAAGGUCUCAGCGUGCUCCGAAUGUGUCUCAGGUUAAAUAAAAAAUUCUUUUUCUGUUUUCAUUUGGUUAUACUGAUGCCUUUGUACCAAA